AGUACAUCUGGUGUCAUUUCAUCGACAUCGGAACAGUUCCACUCAGUAUCUUCCGCGGCAACAUCUCGUGAAACCACAACUACUGAAAAAACGACCACGCCCACAGUGUACAAAAGCCAUGUUUCCACAUCACCUGAGAGGACAUCUCACACGACAACAAUCAAAACCACUGAAACUACCAGUAGCGCUGAAACUACUUUUGGUGUUCACACAACACCUAGUUCAACUGCCGCUCCAGGUACUACCAGGGCGAAAACAACACUCACCACCGAUGUUAAUAUAACCACCUUCACACCCGAUCUGAAAACCGCUUCCACUACUGAUACCAGUGACAUCAUCACUUCCAUGACAGCUAGAACUUCCGCUACGGAUGCCACAAAGACAGUCACUACUGUAGAAACUACGACCAAAUCUUCAAUCCAGCCUCCUACUGAAACAACAACAGACAGCAUCACAACGACGGUUUCCACUCUCGGAAUUACAACGACUGCCAGCACUGCAGCAAUAAAGACCACUCCUUCUUCAGACACUAAAGAAACUAAGAGCACUGCAACAAAGUCAUGCCGAAAAAACCGGCACUACAGAAACACCAACCACUUCUUCAACAGAGACUGCAAGGACAACCACCACAUAAGCAAAACACCCACAGAAAUCACGAAAGUUACAAGCGUAGAUACAACAACAGUCCAACCUUCCCCGGACCGCACAACAGCGACUAGUACUGGUGAAUCAAUAACAACGCCUGACGCUAACGUUUCAAUAACAGACGGCACAAGUAAGAUCACCUCCGUCACUGAUAGAACCAGCACGGCUGCAACAACCACCUUUCCAACCACUGAGGACGCAAAAAAGACAGACAACAGGACAACCAAAUCCGUCACUGACACUACGGGAACCACCUCAUAUCAUUUAACCGACAAACUCACGAAGGUACAACAACCGCGGGUCAUCUGCUCUUCAACCAAAAGCCCUACUGAUCCUACUGACGACUGUAGAGAUUAC